AUGACGCCAGCGCAGGGACAUGCUCGCGCGCACUUACUCUCCCUCUUCGGGAAGCAGAAAGAUUCGGCGUCUGUCCAGUCGGGCGUGGACGCUUUGCUGACCCAGCUCUCGCAGACCGACGAAGGCGACGACGACGCGGUGAUGGCUCUCCGCACGACCCUCGCGACGCAGAUCCAGCGCAUUUGUGCGACCACAUGGUCCGAUACCGACUUGGAUGCGGCCGUACUAGCGCUCAUGCUCAAGCACCGCGACGAUCAGCACCGUGCCGCGCCGAUGCGUACGCAGCCUGCAUGGACACGCGGCUCUACCGCACCAUCAUGGAACCUGCGCGCGCCCUCGUUUACGCCCCAGAAGCCGGGCCUGGCACAGGCGCCUGUCACGCCACUCGUCGAUGAGGAGGAAGACGAUGAGUUCUCGCCAUUUGCUCGUGCUCCGCCGUUGCUGCCGGAUCCAGAGCCGAACCCUACGAUGGAGUCAUUUGACUUUGAAGAGAUGGAACCUGUGGCUUAUACGCCGCUUGAUGUAUUUUGCAGUACUUUGCUCGCAUACAAUGAGGGUCUGUACGCUACGGAGCCCGAUCCCUUCAUGCGCAUGGUGCGUGCAUCUGAAAGCAUUCAGCAUGCGCUGGAACGCUCGAACUACGAUGUCGGUGCAGCCCUGGCCUUGCUGCACGAUGCUCACCAGCAAGGCAAGGAUGUGUCUGCGCCGUCCGCUUGCAAUACGGCGCAUCCAGAAGAGGCGCCCGUCCGUGUAUGCCGCUUCUUUCUGGCAGGCGAGUGUCGGCGCAGUGACUGCCGCUUCUCGCACGACCUGAAUCGAGCCUUUUGCCGGUUUUGGAUGCGUGGGCAGUGCCUAAAUGACCCGUGCCAGUUUCUGCACGACUACGAUGCGCUAUCUACGUUGGCCCAAAACCCAGAGAUUGCGCCGAAAGAAGUGCUUAGUGUACCUGAAGCGCCGCCAUCCCCCCCACCGCUACCACGGCCGACAUGGGACGCAUCGCAAACGCGGUGGGCUGCCGCGGCCAAAGCAGGCUUGCAGGCUACGCCGCCGCCGGUGUUUCGACCUUCGUCGACGUCUAGCAAGACCACGAUGCCAGCCCGCAGCGCUCGUAUACCCCUUCGCCCCCCCACGCUGCUGCCUACCUUGGUCACCGGCAGUGCCUUGGCCGUCGAUAUGGCCAAAGUACGAGCGUCAUUGCCCAAAACGCAGGACGCUUGGGCAGCGACGCAAGCCUUGCUGCUGGCACGGCAUGCGCCGCUUCGUGAUCGUGUGCUGGUAGGCGCAGGUGGUGAUGCAGGUGGAUGGGGUGGCAGUGCCCAGGCCAGUCAGGAAGCUGGGGCCCGUGGGAUGCGGGGCCGCUGGAUCGGGCAGGGACUCGGUGUAUGCUUAGGGGUGGCACGGCCUGCGAAUGUCGGCGCCUCGCUCUCGCUGGACGAGCGCGUAGAAGCCGUGCUGGAUUUGCAUGGCUUGACGGCCAAAGAAGCCUGUGAGGCCAGCGAACAGUGGCUGCUGGCCCUCGAAGCGGAAAAGUUUCGAGGCUUGGCGUACUUGUGUGUCGGAGCGGGGAAGCAUAGUGCUCGAUCCCAGGGCAAGCUGGCUGGCCAGGUACGUGCCUUUUUAGAGCACUGGGGCUAUCCCUUUGCCGACUAUGAUGGCGUGAUCGCAUGCGAUCCAUGCACACAUUGGUAG